AUGCGAUUUAUGGCGCCACCCAAUUGCCCCAUGUGCGUAUACCACAAGCACGAAGCCGACCAAGCUUUGGCUGACUAUGAGGCGUUGAAAGCGCACUCGGAGUCGCAGCUGGCGCAGCUCCACAAGGUGCAGCAAACGCUCGAGGGAGAGAUGCACGCCAUGCACGCAACCAUCGAAACUCUGGGCGCGACGAAUCUCUCGCUCAUUGAGCGACUCGCGGUGCGCUCGGAGGACCUACAGCCCAACAAAACCCGUGUCCAAAUACCCACCCCAAGACGUGCGUCUCCACCGCGCCCGCCCAACGCACAGAUUGCACUCUUGCAGGCUCAGGUCGCGCAGUACAAAGCCGAGGUGCACCGUCUCGGGGCCCUUUGGACCAAAGCAACGAUGGAGGCGGACAAGCAAGCCACGCAAUUCCUGCUGCUAAAACGGUCGAAUGACGUCGCGCACAAGCGACUGCUCUCAGACCAGAGGGGACUCAUGGUGCGGCUCGAUGCAACAACCAACGAGCUCCACUUGGCACGCGAAAAGGUGUCCGCGCUGCAAGCCCAAGUCCACGCGCUCGAGCGCGCGCUCGUCCAGAUAUACCCAAUACGCGAGUUGUGA